CUCUUUGUCUGAAGACAGCAGCUCAUCACAUCACAGCACCACAGAAGAAGAGAUGGCCCAGAUCAGAGCCCCUGUUAUUGUGCUGCUCGUGCUCCUGGCUGUGGGGCUGUUUGCUGCCCAGGUUUCUGCAGCUAAACAAGGUUUUCCUAGAGGCUGUUGUACACGAUACUCCCAGGGUAGGAUGGACAUUGGUCUUAUCCAUGGCUUUUCCAUACAGACAGUGAAUGACGGGUGCAACAUUGAUGCUAUCAUUUUCCACACUGUCAGAGGAAGAUUCCCAUGUAUGGAUCCCACCAAGGGCUGGGUUAUGAAAGCUGUUCGCAAGCUGAGGGAGAGAGCGGAACGAUUGAACAAGAAAAGGUCAUAGGAAUAGUUCUCAUCACAAGGGUACACGGGACGAAGAGUUUGUGUUGCUAUCUUCAUUGACGGAGGAGAAUGCAAACAUGCUGGAACCCUGCUAUCUCUAAGUUUAUCCAACUACCUGAAUUUUAUCAGACAUUUCUCUGUGCUGAAAAGUAUAAUAAAUGAAGAAUAUAAGCAACGCGGAGCACCUGGACACAGCCCUGAGCCAUGGUAUAUUGGCCACAUAUGACAAACCCCCGAGGAGCCUUAUUGCUACUAUAAACUGGUUACCAACAUAAUUAGAGCAGUAAAAAUAUGAUUCAUUGUCAUACCGAUAGUAUAGGGUCUGACAUACUACAGCUGUCAGCCAAUCAGCAUUCAGGGCUGGAACCACCUAAUUUAUUAUUUUACAUAACCUAUUUGAAUGUCACGACUUCGGCUGAGGUCGGCUCCUCUCCUUGUUCGGGCGGCGUUCGACGUCACCGCCUUUCUAGUCAUCACCGAUCCAUGUUUCCUUUUGUUUUGUCUUGACUACGCACACCUGAUUUCUAUUCCCUUAUUAUGUUCCUUAUUUACCCUCUCGUCUACCUUUCUGUUUCAUCCGUGAUUGUUUUGUGUUACCGUGUGUGUUGGAGGGUUUUUCUCUAUAUGUUAUGUUUCCUUGUUGGAGAUAUUCCGGUUUUGAAUAGAGUAAAGUCUUUUGUGUUUUCUCAAACCUGUGUCCUGAGCCUGACUCAGACAACGAACCCAGCAUUUUAUCACAUUGUAUAUGAAAUCAUCUGUGUUGGCAGAGUUUAAUGGUAUAAUCUUGUUGUAUGAGCAUCAGAAAUCUCACGUUUUAACCCUUUUAUUCAUAAAGGUCUUGUGUAUGAUCAGAUCAUUGAUCACAUCUGUUACAUUUAACAGUUACUGUUACAUUUUAUAUUUAUA